AUGGGCCCCGGUGUUAUGCUCGCACUGAAGCGUAUGCAUUCGCCUUGUCUGGGGAUAUGUAAGGACAUCGAGCAUUGCCUCAAGCGGUGCAAGGAUCUCUUGACUCAGGCCGAGACUGAAAAUCAUACUUUGGCCUCCGCGUGCACCGCUUUGACCGCCGUACUGAGCAUCUCAGGUGACACCAUCUUUGAUGCAGCUAUCAAGAUCACACGACCUUCGGGUCAAAACUUUGCAGUAUACAUCCGUGAAGGUUAUGGAAUACCAUUCAAGCUGCAACAGAUUCAGGACUGUUGGAAUAACAUCUGCCGUGCUCUCUCCGUCUGCGACGAGACAUCUUUUCACGCUUUGUGGACGUUUUUGCAAUGCGCCCUCAACUCUCUACUCAAUCCAUCUCCCAAUAGGACAGUGCCUGGAUUUGAAAAAUCUAACGCUCGUAUGUGUUUCUAUCCACCCCAACCACCCGAAAAUUCAAUGCACAUUUUCGUGGAUGGAGCGGACCUUGUUCUGUGCGUAAAUUUUUAUUCCCGCGACAAGUUUACCUACACCGCUGGUUGGACCCGGCAAUUUCGAGCAACUUGCAUCAUCGCGCGCUUGCAGGAGGUUCUCCGUUUGCUUAGUGAGGCAAUCAAUGCAAUCGAGUUUUGCGUGGAUGCGACACUUCAAUAG